AUGGAAGACGACGAGGAAAACUUUCCUGAACUUUUCGAGCAGAUCAUCAACGACUACUGCGGCACGAACAAGUUGCUGGACGAAGUCGACGGCCUGGAGCUUACGGACGGCAGGGGCUUCCUGAGCCGAGUGAUUCGUUUCAAGCUGAAAUGGGCUGGCGGUGUUCAGGACGCGCCCGACGUGCCCACCAGCCUGGUGUUGAAGGUGCCCAACACGAAACUAGUCGAACAGCUGCAUUCCAGUAUCACGAAAUCCGACGGCACCGCCAAGGACCGGCGGCUCGAGACCAGCAGACUGUGGAUCAACAAGCUGCACAGCACCGAGUGCACGGUGUACGGUCUGUUCGGUCAGAGACCCCCCGUGCCGGUGCCCCUUUGCUACAAGCAUGACGUCGGGGACAGCGAUUCUCCGGGUGAGUACGAUUCGUUGGUGAUUGAUUGA